AUGCAGGUGGGAAAUCUCCUGCAGCGCUACAAGAAGCUGCAAGAGCAGGAAGACUCCCUCCUUUCGAGGCAGAAAGAGGGCAAGCUGGAGAAGCAGAGGAGCCAGGGCCAGGAGGUGCUGAGCCAGUUGAUAGUCCAGGAUCAGGAGCUGCAGCAAGUCCAGCAGCAGCUGCAGGAAGAGAUGGCCUCCGAGGAGAGGGGUGGCUCAUCCCCGCUGGCACCGGGUAAUUUAAUUCCAAGACACCAAGAGUUAUCCUAUAAAAAUGCCCUCUUUGCUGGCAUGAGGUUGCCUGAAGUGAAGGAGGCCAAAUAUCUGGACAAAUGCUAUCCCAAAUUCCCUGCUGCAGUGCUAGAUUUAGCCAAGAAGUGUUUGCAGAUUGACCCACACGAAAGCUGUGCUGAACUCUUGGAGUGUGAUUUCUUCAACAAGGAUGGAUUUGCUGAAAGAUUCACUCAGGAGCUUAAAUCAAAGAUUCAGAAAGAUGCCAGAAACCAUCAAUUAAAAAAAAAAAUCAGCAAAAGGGACAAAGAUGAUAGCUUAGAAGAAAGAAAAAUCCUUGUUGUCCAGGAUUUUAGCAUUGAGCCAAAGAGCAGAGAUGCAAAGCUGUUCAAGGCAAAGCACUCGAAAACUGAUGCAGAAGGAGCAGACCUCUCCAACCUGAGCUCCCUGUACGACAGUGCAAUCAACCCUUUUACAAUAAGCUCUCAAACCAGUAUCAAAGAUUCCAGCAGCAGCUUGGACUCUGUCAAGAAUGCAGGCAUAGUUAUUCCCCCCAGCAACCAGAACUUUUCUCCCACUGCAGUUGGGAUGGGUCCUUUGCCUGGGAGCCUUAAAUACAGAGUUGAUGAAAAGAGUAAAAAAUACUUGAACCCAUUUGUAAGGCAGUGGAAGCAUUCUCCAGCAAGCCAUUACAGUGUAAGCUUGACCUUGGUUACUAAUGAAAAAAACAUCCUUCAGGCAAAUAGGAGAAAAUGGGAAUUCUCCAAGACAAAUGUGCAUUUGCCAGAGCUAAACCAUCUGCCUGAGCUGAGAGGAGUGGAAGCGUGGCACCCCAGAUACCUCAAAAAAGAAAAUAAAACCGUUUCAGAGUCCUGUGUCGCCUCCCUUGCUGCUAUUGAUCUCCAUAACCCAAGUCUGGCCUCACAGCAGCUGUCAGGGACUUUAAUGCCUGAGGCAUCAGAAGGCAGCUUCCCCAGAGCUGAGCACUAGCCUCAUGGAGAAGAUCACACCUACCUGUAA